UGAACGGGCCCCGCGGCUGGAUCGGCGCCGGUGCUACCCUGCUCGCUCCCCGCCGCCGCCCAUGAGCCCAGCGCCGCGCGGCCCGGGUCUGUAGGCGGCGGGGCGCCCCCCCCCCCCUCCAUGCUGCUGCAGCCCGCGCCGUGCGCUCCGAGCGCGGGCUUCCCGCGGCCCCCGGCCGCCCCCGGCGCCAUGCACGGCUCGCAGAAGGACACCACGUUCACCAAGAUCUUCGUGGGCGGCCUGCCCUACCACACCACCGACGCCUCGCUCAGGAAGUACUUCGAGGGCUUCGGGGACAUCGAGGAGGCCGUGGUCAUCACCGACCGUCAGACGGGCAAGUCCCGCGGCUACGGCUUCGUGACCAUGGCCGACCGGGCAGCAGCUGAGAGAGCUUGCAAAGACCCUAAUCCCAACAUUGACGGCCGCAAGGCCAACGUGAACCUGGCCUAUCUGGGUGCCAAGCCGAGGAGCCUCCAGACGGGCUUUGCCAUUGGUGUGCAGCAGCUUCACCCCACCUUGAUCCAGCGGACUUAUGGGCUGACCCCCCACUACAUCUAUCCGCAAGCCAUCGUGCAGCCCAGUGUGGUGAUCCCGGCCACCCCUGUCCCGUCACUGUCCUCGCCCUACAUCGAGUACACGCCAGCCAGCCCGGCCUAUGCCCAGUACCCACCGGCCACCUUCGACCAGUACCCGUACGCCGCCUCGCCCGCCACGGCCGCCAGCUUCGUGGGCUACGGCUACCCGGCCGCCCUGCCUCAGGCACUGUCGGCCGCGGCCCCCGCUGCCGCCUUUGUGCAGUACCAGCCGCCACAGCUGCAGCCCGACCGGAUGCAGUGAGGGGGCCGCGGACCCGCACCCCCACGCCGGCCGGCAGCUCCGGGACGCAGCCCCACACGGGGCCUCCGGAGACCCUGUGGGACGCCUGCCUGAGCCCAGCCGGACUGGAGGCCGCGUCUCCUUCGAUCCAGGCCCCGCGGUGUCUUCAGGGAGGACCUCGGGGGACGGGGCUGACCGAACGCUGUCCGGAGAUGCACCCGGGACCCAUCUCCCCGGAUCUCGCCCCGCCGCCGCCCU